GUCCCAACGUCACAGGCAACUGCCGCCAUUUUGACUGAGCAACCCUAGUGACAGGAGCCCAAGCAGCAGAGCAGGUUGUCCCCAUUUCCCCUCCCCCUUCCCUUCUCCGGUUGAUUUCCCGGGCCCCCUACACUCCACAGUCCCGGUCCCGCCAUGUCCCAGAAACAAGAAGAGAACCAUGCAGAGGAGACCGGCGAGGAGAAGCAGGACACACAAGAGAAAGAAGGUAUUCUCCCAGAGAAAGCUGAAGAGGCAAAGCUGAAGGCCAAAUAUCCAAGCCUAGGACAAAAGCCUGGAGGGUCUGACUUCCUCAUGAAGAGACUCCAAAAGGGGCAAAAAUACUUUGACUCAGGAGACUACAAUAUGGCCAAAGCCAAGAUGAAGAAUAAGCAGCUGCCAAGUGCAGGACCAGACAAGAACCUCGUGACUGGUGACCACAUCCCCACCCCACAGGAUCUGCCCCAGAGAAAGUCCUCACUCGUCACCAGCAAGCUUGCGGGUGGCCAACUUGAAUGAUGCUGCCCGGGGCUCCACCAGAUCCUGAGACGCUGCCCCCCUGAGUCCUGUGCUGGCUUCUGCCCUCCCUGCUUUUGCAGCCAGGGGUCAGGAGGUGGCUCAGGCACGGGCUGGAGAGGCAGAAGCCCCUGCCCGUCGGUGUCCCAGCGCAUGGAGCCCCUUGGGCUGAGCACCAAGACCUUGAACCUUUUUUGUUUUACCUUUUUUCCAAAUAACUGUUGGGAGAAAUCUCAAGGAAAUCCUGGGGGUGGGAUUGAGAGGGUGGGGUGGGAGACUUGGGGAAACUAGGGCUUAGAGUUGAUAGAAACAUUCCUAGCCAUCCUCUUCCUUGACCAUGUGGCUGGUGUGGGUAGGUGUGAGAGUAGGAAGUGAGUAGCCCGACCGCUAAGAGCUCUAGUUCAGCUGUGUGAGAAAUGCCUCAUUUGGAUGUGGCUGGAGACCUGGUGCCAGACAGAAGCUCAGUCUACGUACAGCAGAUGCAAAGAGCUCCUCUGACUCUAAUGUUAAUUGCUCCUUAAAAAAGUGCUUUCCUUGAAAUAGAUUUGCCAUGGGGAGAGGGCAGUGAGUGUGGGGGAAAGGAGGCCCAAGCAUGGGGAGCCCCACAGAGCCCAAGGGACUUUUUCAGUAUUUGAAAUAAAAAAAAAAAAGACCCAUGAAAAAACCCAACCCAGAAAUACUCUGAAGCAGUUGGUGUGUUUUCUUGGGGUUUGGGAGGGAAAGAAAACAAUACUGAAGGUACUGGUCAGGGAAGAAGCUAGUAUGUCCCCUCAGUUACUAGGGACACAGUGGUCUUUAAUGUGUGGUACCAGCCACAUGCCCUGAUUCCAUCAUUCAGGGAGAGAGAACAGCAAUGCUGACGUACAGACCAGGACUUUUCCUAAACUCUGUCCCUUUUUUCUGUAGCUAAUGUAGAAGAUGCAUCAACCUCAGAUUGUGGCUUAGAAAAUGAGAGAUUAAAGGUAUUUGGUCUAAAUGGUUUAUUGGCACCUAAAGCUUACUCCAGACUAAGGAAAAAAGGAAGCCCAUUCUCCCUUUUCUAAUUCAUGGCUAUGAAGGAGAAAUACGUUAAAUGUGCCAAAAGAAAUAAUUAUUUCUUAGUGCUGAACCAAAAGAAAUUCGAGCCUUUCUGCUUGUGGCCAGCAGGAGGCAGAGUAAGCUCUUUGUUCUUUUUUUUUUUUUCUUUUUUGAGACAGGAGUCCUACUAUGUCGCCCUCAGUAGAGUACCGUACCAUCACAGCUCACAGUAACCUCCAACUUGGGCUUGAAGGAUCCUCUUGCCUCGGUUUUUCUAUUUUUUUCUUUUUACUUGUUUUUGAGACAGAGUUUCGCUAUGUCGCCCUUGGUAGAGUGCUGUGAUGUCACAGCUCACAGCAACCUCAAACUCUUAGGCUUAAGCAAUUCUCUUCCCUCAGCCUCCCAAGUAGCUGGGACUACAGAUGCCCGCCACAACGCCGGGCUAUUUUAUUUUUCUUUUGGUUGUAGUUGUCAUUGUUGUUUGGCAGGCCUGGGCUGGAUUUGAACCCACCAGCUUUGAUGUAUAUGGCUGGCACCCUCGCUGCUGAGCUAUAGACGCCAAGCCAACCUCUUUGUUCUUGAUAUCCCAAUCUGUAUUGCUGAAAGCAUUCCUAAGCAAGGCAUUAAAAGCUGCUUGUGGGCCCAGAGCGGUGGCUAACCCCUGUAAUGCUCUGGGAGGCUGAGGUAGGAGGGUUGGUACUUGUGAGCUAUGAUGGCACAGCAGUCUACCCAGGGCAACAUAGUGAGACUGUCACAGACACACAAGCUGUGUGGCCAUGCAUGGUGGCUCACUCCUGUAAUCCUGGCACUCUGGGAGGCUGAGGCAGGAGGAUCACUUGGGCUCAGGAGUUUGAGACCACCCCUGAGCAAGAGUGAGACCUUGUAUCUAAUAAAAAUAGAAAAACUAGGGCACAGUGGCUCACACCUGUAAUCCUAACACUACGAGAUGGGUGGAUUGCCUGAGCUCACAGGUUCAAGACCAGCCUGAGGAAGAGCGAGACCCCAUCUCUAAAAAUAGCCAGGUGUUGUGGCAGGUGCCUAUAGUCCCAGCUACUCGGGAGGCUGAGGCAAGAGAAUCACCUAAGCCCAGGAGUUGGAGAUUGCCAUGAGCUGUGACACUACAGCACUCUACCAAGGCGAUAAAGUGAGACUCUGUCUCUAAAAAAAAAGAGAGAAUCGCUUGAGCCCAAGAGUUGGAGGUUGCCAUGAGCUAUGAUGCUACAGCACUGUACAGAGGGUGACAAAUUGAGACUCUGUCUCAAAAAAGAAAGAAAAGAAAAA